GGCAGCCUCAGAGCACGGCAGGCUGGCGGAAAGUAGCUGCAGUGUCCUGGCAAAAUAUCUGUCCAAAAACCUUCACUAAACUGUCCCGGAAAGUUAGGUGUAACUGGAAGACAGGCAGCAGACUCAGACAGGCGCCAGUCCGUGUGGACAAGAGGAGGAAGAUCUUGUCCAUUGUGCCGCUGCGAGAGACAGCGCUUUAUGCACCGUUUACGCUCUAAUGUGGACACCUGCAUACAGAUGUGAUGUCUGAGAGAUUUGGCAGCUGCUCAGCAGAGCAAAAAUACCCACUGUGGCAUCAUAUAGGAGGACACAAUGUAAGUUAAUGGCAGUGAGGAGUGUGGACUGACGGGAUGAACUGAAUCAGUGUGACAAGGGAAGAACCAACCGGUAUUGUUGGAUGAGAACUGAUGAGCUGUCCAAGCUGGCAAUAGCAUGCCAACUGCAAAAGGUAAAGGUGGUUCAGCGUCCCACCGCUACCGCCCUGCCUCAGAGUAUGAUGAUGCCACCCUCGCCCAAAAGAGAGAAUACUGGAGAACCAAGAAACGAGAGCAGAGAGCCCGACUGUCAGAGCGGAGAGGAAAGCUAUCACAAGACAGUCAAGGGGAAAAGCUCCUACAUCGAAACGCCCCUGCAGUGGUGAAUUCCAGUUUAUCUGGCUCAUUUUCAAGUCCUUCUUCUCCUAUGCAGGGUAAUGAUGAGUCAUAUCAAACGGCCAAUGUCUCUCCUGCCUCACAGAGUGGAAAUACAGCGGGGGACAGUUCACUUGAAGCCACUGAAAGCCAAAAGGAGAAGUGGUUCCAGACAAUUAAACUCAACAAGGUCUUGCCUCAGUUGCCAGCAUCAUGUUCCAUCUCAGCCAAAGCUGCUGGGGGCAGAACAGCCACAGUUAAAUGCCGAACAGCAAGGGGUGCUGUGAACAGAGCUGUUACCUCACCCAAACCUAGUGGAGCCCAGCUGAACACCGGUUCCUCAGUGCCUCCCGUCCGAAUGACAAGAAUUACCAAUGGCAGCUCCGCCAAAACAACACCUCAGCCAUGUGUGUCUAUGCAGGGCACAUCAGUCUCUAAAAUGCAACAUAAGACACAAGUUGCAAUACGCAUUCAGCCCAAACUCUUACCCACCAAUGUGACCACAGGUAUGAUUCUUGUGUCUUCUCCAUGUGGCCCCCUUUCUAUUAAAACAGAGGGCAAAACAUCAAACACAACACCUCAAAGUGGAACAAAGAGUGCCUUGGUCACCACACAGAGGGCUAAAGGUGUUGGCAACUCACAACCUUCAAUAGAGUCCGAGGAGGAGAGAGCAGCCAAGCGCAGAGAGCACUGGCGGAUAAAAAAGCGAGAACAGAGAGCAAAGCUAGCAGCUCGGAUAAAUAAAGCCAGAGAGAGGACGCAGGGUGCAGAGAUGAUGGUACAGAGGCAAAUAGCACAAAAAACAGGACUCGUGGGUGGCAGGGUUCUUCAACAUCUUCCAUCUCAGUCGUUUUUGAAAAGAGUGGGCCAGAGGCCAUGUCCUACACGGGUCAAAACUUCAUUUACGUCUGCCAAAAGGGAAACUAAUAAACUGCAAAGUGGGGCAGCAAGUUUAGUGACAGUUAACCUGCAAGUAAGUCAGAAAAAAGUACAAAAUCCACAUGAGAAUAGGACAACACUGACAGCAAUUGCAUCAGAUGUUAUUUCUGUGAAAAAAAUAGGGGAAUCACAGAGGAAGUUUCUAAGUUAUGUACAUCUUUCUAAUGUUAACCGAGGGAUUGCACGAUGUAAAACACCUAGACAAAGGUUCAUUGAUGCCCAGAAGAAUUUCAUGAAUCAAAGAAACAUAAGAUGUAAGUCCCCGCUGCUUUCUUCAGUCUUUAGUACCAGAAACAUCCCCAGAAUUGACCCUAAGGACACCCCUGAGCAGAUAAUAGCCAAACGGCGAGAGUACUGGCGGAUUAAAAAGCGCGAACAGCGAGCUAAACUGUCGAUGGAGGUGAAGGCUCGGUUGAAGGAGAAGGACUCUCUGAUGCGAAGAGUGAAACGCUACCAGAAAAUCCUAGAGGAGAUGAGGAAGGCCAGAGCACUGACACAAUCAGCAGGAAACACUCUUACCCAUGCCUCUGAGACCAUUGGGGGGUUCAUCAAAGAGGAUGGGACAGUGACCAUUAACAUUCCGCAGGGUCCGACAGGUCACAUCACAGCAGCACAUAAAAGUGAAGAAGAACCUCAUGUAAGUUCCAAUAAUACCCGCAUUACACAACGUCAACAUCAGCCUAAUACGAAACGGGGAGGAAUUGCACCUGUUAGGAUAAAUCAGACUCCCAUUGCACUCCGCCCAGCUCAGGUGAAAGGCUCUUUUCCUCUUUCUGGACAGUCAGUCAACAAGCCUCCAAGACUAAUGUCGGUCAGAUCAAGGACUCAACUUGAAAGCACAACUGUUCCUAAUUCACACCCAUUACCAAUCCAAACUGUAGGUCAGCUCACACUCACUCAUCCUCCAACCCCUCAAAAUGCCAUUUCUGAAGGAUCAACAGCAGGGUCAAAACUUGGUGGCUGUGUCAUGAAAAUGGCCGUUUCAAGUAGCACGCCAUCACUAUCAGCACUCUCUCUGGAUCCAGAGCUGACAGAGGAGGAGAGAAUGGCAAAGAAGAGGGAGUACUGGAGGAUAAAGAAACGUGAGCAGCGAGCAGCUCGUGCAGCGCAACUGAAGCAAGGUGUCUUACAAGCAAGGGCCAAUGCAGCCUUACAGAGGAGGAAGGCCCAGAAGCAAGUAGCUGUAACCACUGUAGCACUGAGCAGUAGUCUUACUAACCAUACAGAAAAUGCACAACCUCUUCCAAACAACAGCGUGCCUGUUACACCAAAUGCAAAUGAGAUAAAACAAGAGACUGAGUCUAUGCCAGCAGUUGACCUAAAUUCUCAACCAGAACAAGCCAUCUGUCCAGAUAUCAAACCCCCAACCUCCCCACGAUCACCUCCAGUGCCCCAGCCAGAGUCCGAUCCAGUUCUGAGUGCAGACAGCCAAGCUACCACUCUGCUAGCAGUGGCCUCUAUGAAGAAACUCCUGGAAGAAUCACUUAGCACAGUGAGGGAGUGUAAAAGUGAGCAGAGUGAUAUUAAAAUAGAGACAAUGGAAGAGGCUUCAGAGCAAGAGACAAAGACAAAUUUACCUCAGCUCUUUUUUGAAAAAGAUGAGGUGGCUCCUAUGGCUGCUGACCUGACAUUGCAGAUAAAAAGCUGGCAGCCAGACACUGAUGCCUUGGUACAAGCAGGUUCACCAAGCCCUCAUCUCAAAGACUCAUCACAUAUUAGUGAGACACUUCCACCUCUUCCUACCUCCAAUGAGGUAGUCUUGCAUCCCACCUGUGAUCACUCCUCCCAAACCACUUUGAAUUUCAUAGUAAACCCCUUGACAGAAGCCUCUGGCAGUCCAUCUUCACCACCCAGAACCCAGAGGCUUCGAAACAAAAAAGGGGACUAUCAAAACUGCUACUCCCCAGAGCCACCAAAGCUUCAUCAUCUACCCCUGGAUCAACUACACCCACAGCAACAGCACGUUGAACAACAGUGUCAGGCACAAGAACAAUGCCAAAAUAGCAACUCACCAUCAGCACAAAGGUAUCGCAGUGUGGGCACUGAGCAGGGCGGCUUGACCAGCCUGCAGCGGAAGAGGGAGUAUUGGAAGCUGAUGAAGCGGCAGCAAAGGGCCAGGUUAAAGGCCAGGCAGAAAGAGAGACAGGGAGAAUGCAGCAGUCAUCUUUCCCCAACAAACAUCCAGGCUCCCCAUCUCGUUAUCAUCAAUACUGUUAAGGGGGCAAAUCCUCAAGCAAAACCAGCUCUCCAACCCAAGCCAUCGAUUGCUUCUCUGACUGCAGUGACCGGGAUACCUACCGUCCUGGUUGUUAGCCCUACAACAUGUAAUGCUGAACAGUCACCUGACUCAUUCCAGGUCAAAUUGCCCGUCACCAGUGUCUCUUGCUCACCCAGAAGUGAGCAGAACAACAUAAACAUAGGGCCUUCACAGAUCAUGUCUGACUACCUAGGAGCUCCUGAGAAUCAGCAACAAGCCAUGCUAGGUUCACGAAAGUGGAUCUCUAGAAGCACAGAUGUAGACUCAGCACCCUCCCUCCCUACUCUGAAGCCUCCAGACAACCCACUGUCCAGCAUCAACCUGCAACCCAUUGAACCCCCUGGUCAAACACCAAAUUCAACCCUCAGUUCAAUGAAAAUCCCUUGUUCUCAACUUCAGAGCACCACACAUAUGAUACAACCUCUCACUAAGCUAGCACCUAUAAGCACCAUGGUUCCACCAAAACCCAUCCCUGGGGAGUCUGAAGAGGACUUUCUAAGGAGGAAGCGGGAGUAUUGGAGAAUAAAAAAGAAGGAGCAGAGAGCCAGGAAGGCCAUUCAGGACAAGGGAAUCACCCAAAGGAGAGCUUCCAACAGCUGGAGGCCCAUUCUACCUGCACAGGACCUACCGAAACAGGUCAGAGCUCUACAGGAUUCUGGUCAGUGGGUGAGCUCCUCUGAUGAGUCAGAACAUCUUAUGAGCACUUCAGUGGACAACGACCUGGAAUCGUUUCCAUACUCAAAUUACACAGCGCCAGUAGAAGAUGAGUCAGAGCUACUGUUCGGUGACUAUGAGAAUAACAAUGGUGAGGAAGGUUCUGUCUCAGAUGUCGUGUGGAGGAACAGUUACCUCAUGGACUACGACCCACUCAACCAGUUGUUGGUGUGCAUGGUGUGUGGGGAGCUGCAAUAUUCUCACAGCCUGGAGGGGGUGAGGGCGCACAUCGAUGAGGCCCAUCCAGACACCCUGACCCUGGAACCUGGGGAGAGACAGCGAAUACUGGAGGCCUGGGACGAGCAGGUGUCCCGGCGAGAACGCUUCUUCACCAGCCAACUCCAGCAGCACAGCGGGUCCCUGACAGAAGCACACAAGAACUGAUCAGCAGAGAACGUGACUGCAGGAGUCAACUGAAGACCAUGGACCAGGAGAAAAAACCCACACUAUGUCUUUUUUAUUUAUUGUACUUUUUAAAUCAAUUUGUCUACCGACAUAGAAAGUCACCUUGAAAGAGAAUGCUGUCCUCACCCCAAAAAGCAUCUUAACCUUAUUUCCUACCAGGAAAGUCAAUAGUCAAAAGUCAAUAUGGACAUUUUUUUAUACUGAAGCUGCCACAAUUGAGAUUUUGUGACAAUAUUUAAAAUAUUUAAAGGAGAAGUUCAACAUUCUGGAAAGUCUCUGUCUCACAGUCUCUGUGCUAAGCUAGGCUAAAUUCAUCGUGGACUUAUCUCUGAAAUGGACACAGAUAACAUUACAUUGAUUUGAUUUGAUUUUAAACUUUGAUCCUUGCGAUACUUCCUAAAAUCUUCAGUUAUUCCAUUAAAUUCGACCAUUUUAAACCUCAGCAACUAUAAAUAUCCAGUGUUUCCCAUAGACUUGAAGUCCAGUCUGAUAGAUUCCUUUCCCACAGACAGUGGCCACUGUGACCAGAGGUGGCAAUUUUCCUUCUUUGCUGAUUGCUUUUAAGACAUCAUUUGGUGACAUGACUGAUAGCAAGUAGAAUGGAACCACACGCAGGAGACAUCAAAGUCUUGGUGAGGUACACUUUGUUUAUUUCUCAUUUUACUUUGUGAUAAGAGCAUUGAAAUUUUUUUUAGCAACAUGCAAAAUCCUAGCCGUAUUUGUGACCUUAGCACUCUUUGCACAACUUUGCUAUUUGGUAGUGUUGUCUCUGCAAACUCUAGGGGAAAAAUCAAUUAAAUCAUUUUUUAAAACCUGUUAUUAGCAGUGGGUUGUUUCUUCAAAGAUAUUUUCAAUUUUGUUUUCAAAUUGCAAUUUUUCUGAUAUUUUUGUGAUGCCACAGAUGUCUGUCUGCCUUGAAUAACACGUUUGCCUGAAGCAAAACCCUUUAAACCAUUACACAAACUGUGCUACUCUGUUCAACUUCACUACACCACUGUGCUAGCUAGGGCAGGAUGGGGUAGUGGCCAGUAUAGCAACAAAAUAGUAGAUUUAACGUCCAGGCCAAUCAUUUAAUCAUUCCAGGAACUUGGUAAACAUCUGUGGGAUCAUAAAAAUAUCCUUGAAAAAUACAACCCACUACUGUAUAACAGGUGAAAAUUAAGAUUUGCAAAGAUAAUGUGAUUGAUUCACAGAGUUAUGUAUGGAGUGCUGAGGACAAAAAUGGGGCUUGCUAAGCUGUAGUGUAGCAGAAGCAGAGAAGGAUCAUAAAGUCAGCAAACUGAGUGAGUAAUGUCUGCUACACAGCAGCAUCUAUCUAAAGUUUGCUAGCAUUAGCAAACAUUAGUCACCUAAGCUACCGGUCAUACCAGAUCAAGUACGGCUGUAGCAGUAAAACCCAUGAGUGUAUUGAAUUAAGCAAGGUUUGUUUUAUGCUUCUGAAUUUGACAUUUUAUUUGUAAAAGGAAGACAAUGUCAUUUUUUCUUCAAAAAGUUACAUAGUGUCGCUUUAAAGUCAGACUUAUAAACAGUAUAAAGCCAGAGAGACCCAAACACCCUACCCCUUCAGUGAUAUGCAAACUAUGGGACAUAGCACUUAAGCUUUCAAAUGGAGAAUUAAUGUACAUCACACAUUGUUGAACAAUUCAACCAAUAAAAAAAAAAAUGGGUAAAAAGAAAUUGAAAUGCUAUACCAGGUUUUGAAGAAUGUUUCAAUAGGUGUUGUCAGAAUCGCCUCAGAGCUAAUUACAGUAGCUAUAUAUAUUUACAAUAAAUUAUUCAGUAAAUUUAGAUUUAAACCCCCAGCAUUAGCCAGCGAUAAGAAAAAAAUGUGUUGAAACACAUACAGCACAACAAUUAAAUACUUUAGACUGUGGUAAAUUUGUAGGAGCUGAUAGUUGCUAUGAGUUUUGUAUAAAUUUUUCCUGCACUACUGGCAGGCUUGCAUUCAGGUCUGAGACUGUUGUAGACCCCUGUUAGUUAAUAUAUUGUUACAUGGGAAUCUGGAACUGUUCCACAUGUCUUUGUAUGUGGUACUGCACCAUGCUGUUCACACCCUGAACUUAACAUUUAUUCCUUUUUGACAACUUUUUGUAUUGAGACAACUUUUUUACAGUAUCUUUCUCAACUCUGUAAAAAUCUCCUGCAGUUCAUAUCAGCUUUGCCAUGUGAUGUAGAGUCUUCUGUACUGUAAAU